AAUGAAUGUAGAACAUGAAAUUAGCCUCCUAGUUGAGGAGAUUCAGCGACUGGGAACCAGAAAUGCUGAUGGGCAAGUGAGUGUGAAAUUCGGUGUGCUCUUUGCUGAUGAAAAGUGUGCCAACCUCUUUGAAGCCCUGGUGGGAACUCUUAAAGCUGCAAAGCGACGGAAGAUUGUCAGUUACGAAGGGGAGCUACUUCUGCAAGGUGUCCACGACAGCGUUGAUAUCAGGCUGCUGCAGGACUGA